CUACUCUGGCGGCGUAGUGUUGUGAUGUUGGCAACGACCCUGUCAGGAAGUAAAUUAUUAAUGUUGUUGCUUGUGUGUGGUUGACGGGUUGUUGUAUGACUGUAUGUUCUGUCCGUUGAGUAAAUUAAUUAUCAUCGUAAAGCGAACAUUUCAUAACAAAAUAUUUCCAUUAAUGUAAACGUCACAUAAUUCCCAGAAUGAAACCGCCGUUGCCGAAGCCUGAAUUUUUCUGAAGAUAAUGUAUUAUUGAGAUAAACGAGGAACUAGUAGUUUUUUGUGAUACUUUCCCUUUCUGGGUUCAUUUCGUAAAUUCAAUGGGUCACAGCUCAGAAUCGGGCGAAACAUCCGCCACAGAGACAGGAGACAAUGUGGAUUACACUGAUGCUAAAAGGUAUGAUACCAGUGCAUUUGUGAAGGUAGUAGUGUCAGACUCUGAAGAUGACUCAAGUCCUACAAAAAAACAGCACACUUGCCACUAUCCUGGGUGCAACAAAGAGUUCAGUAGGCCAUGGCGCCUGGCUGCCCACCUGUCUACGCAUACUGGGGAGCUUCCAUACAAAUGCAGUUUUGAUGGUUGUGACAAAGCAUACACUACUAACAGCCAUCUCAGGAGGCACAUAGCGAACACCCAUCAGCGCAAAGAACUAGAAAUUUUGUUCAGAUGCCCAUUCCCAGGAUGCGAGGCUAAGAUGAAAAGCCAAUGGAACAUAAACAAGCAUUUCAAGUCAAAACAUGAACCAAAAGCUUUUAAAUGCACUGUUUGUGUGGAGAGUUUCCGGAAGCACAGUCAGCUUAAAGCACAUAUGUAUGAGCACACUGGUGUGCCACCUAUUCAAUGCACGAUAUGUAAUGCAGGAUUUCUGAAAAUUGGGGAUCUCAACAGGCACAUGCGAUGUCAUAAACAACACACAUGUUCCAAUGGUGAAUGUAGGCAGGUUUUUGAAACAUGGACACAGCUUCGAAAACAUGUGGCACUUGAGCACCCAAAAGAAUACGUCUGUGAUCAUUGUGGAAGAGUAUUCUACAAUAAGACACGCCUCCGUUCACAUGUGAUGGUACAUCAAGAUCCAAGUGAACGUGAAGUGAUCUAUUGCCCUUACAACAAUUGUGGCAGGUACUAUUUUGAAAAGAAGAACCUGGACCACCAUAUCCACGCAUGUCAUGAUAAGAAGAAUUAUCCGUGCUUGCAUCCUGGCUGUGGAAGACAACUAAGUAGUCAGACUACUCUGCGGGCUCACCUUAAGCUGCACAAUCCAAAAGGACCAAUGCCAACCAAACGGAAAAGGCCACGAAAGAAACGUUGUGAUGUAGGUCGCCAUAAGAGAUCGAUGGCUGUGAAGCUCUCUGGUCUUCGCUUAGAAUUUUCUGAGGAAAGGGACCUGGUGGAGGGAAGACUAUUAACAUGCGAGCUUAAUGCUCCAGCUACCUCCGAUAACAUUCCUACCUGCAAUAGUUAAAGAUUUAUUUUCUACCUGUAGAGGUCUGAUUAACAUUAGUAAUAAUGAUUCUUGGAACUGUAUUGUCAUUCAAGUAGUGUAAAGCACCCGUAUUUACAAAUGUUUGUAACAUCGUGAAAUAAGGAAGUAAAGUAAUGGUACCUUA